GAGGAGGAGGAGCAGGGGCCGUGCGCUCGGUGCGGGAUGCGGGCGGCGGGCGGAGGGCCGGGCUGCGGCUGCAAGGAUCCGCUCCUGCCUGCUCUGCGAGGGCCUGCGCCGGCCGCUCCGCCCCCGCAGGGAGAAGAUAAUUUCACUUACUGUCCAGCAACAGGCCUAGCUAAAGGAAAUGAGCACUCGGAAUUUGCUGGCUGGGCAUUCCCCUUUCCAGGGGUGUUCCUGGUGGAGGAGUUCAUUACUGAAGAUGAAGAGUAUGAGAUAGUGGAACUGAUGGAUCGAGAUGACUGGAAACCGUCACAGUCUGGCCGAAAGAAGCAGGACUAUGGACCCAAAGUGAACUUCAAGAAGCAAAGGCUAAAAGCUGGCGGCUUUACCGGUUUGCCAAGUUUCAGCAGGAAGAUCGUGGCACAAAUGGAGGCCUGCUCUGUGCUCAGUGGUUUCUUGCCUGUUGAACAGUGUAACCUGGACUACACACCAGAGAGGGGUUCUGCCAUAGACCCCCACUUUGAUGACUGGUGGCUGUGGGGGGAGCGUCUGGUCAGCUUAAACUUGCUCUCCAAAACUGUGCUCUCCAUGUCCUGUGACUCAGAGGGCACCAUCCAAUUAUCGCCCGCUUUCAGCAGAGGGGAAUUAAGCCCCCCCGGGUCUCUUACACGAACAUCAGCGCACAGAAACUCGGGCGAGGAGGGAACCGAGGCCGUUCUGCCCUCGAGGCUGGUUCCCAGUAAGGAGGUGACUGUCGCCGUUCACUUGCCCCGGAGGGCGCUGGUGGUGCUGCAGGGGGACGCGCGGUACAAGUGGAAGCACGGGAUCCACCGCAAGCACAUCGAGCACCGCCGGGUCUGCGUCACCUUCAGGGAGCUCUCUGCAGACUUCAGCGCCGGGGGAAGGCACGAGGAGCUGGGCAAAGAACUGCUGGAAAUAGCUCUUUCGUUCCAAGGGAGGCCGGUGUGAUCAAAGGGAAGCCCGAGUUGCAUUUUGUUAGGAAAUUUGUAAAACGAGGUACGGAAUUUGUGCGACUCGGUUUAUUUUUGUGUGUCUGAGGAACCAGGUGUGCGCAGAGAAAAGCUCAAUAAAGUGGAAAUUUGACAAACAGAAAUAAGGGAGUGCAAGGAAGGGGUGGGCUUCAAAGGCUCUGCUGGGCAAUGGGAGCUUUUAGGCCAAGGUCAGAAAUGAGCUGUUGUAUCCAUUAGCUGCAUCUUAACAAAAAAGCAAACAGCCAGUUUCUAAAUGCUUAAGUGUUUAGAAGAAAGUCAGAAUCAUUAAACUGAGCUGAAAAUCAGACAGCCCUUGACACAGUUUUAGCCCAAGCCCUGCCACGUAUUUUAACUUUCCUGGCCCACACUGGAUGCUGUCAGACGGUUUUGAGUUUUGCACCUCACCCUGGGGGCACAACUACCCCUCACCCUCCUCAGGACCUUCAGAGACCAGCUCUCAGGGGAGGAGGGUAAGCAAGUAUCUCUCCACAGCUAGUACAACACACUGAUAACUAAUUAAAAUAAUUAUCCUUUGCUGAAGAUUCAGGCUCUUACAAUGAGGACUUAAUCAUAAAUUCUGUGCGUGACCUGUAUCUUCCAGGACCAAAGAGUAGCAUUUGCAGAGGGCUGAUGCCACUCUUCAAGCUUGGACAGGGAUCAGACCAAAGGCCUGCACAGGCUGUGUUAUUUUCUGAUCAUUUGUCAUCUCUGAACCCUGCUGUCAGCUCUCAGUAGCAAGAGUCUGAUUUUGGGAAUAAGCUGGGCAACAGACUGCAACACUGGCAGCUAUCAUUUAUUUUCCUGGCACCUCCAGCAGUCAGGUUUGAAUCAUGCCUUGUACCUAAGAUUCAAGUAGUCAUUUGCAGCAGAAGCUGAUUUGAGGCCAUCUGUCUGCUCUGAACAAACUUCUGUGCUCUUGAAAAUGAAGCUGUGCCAUGGAAGAAGUGUGAUCCCUUAAUAAACAGAGUUGUGCCAUGAAAACCAUUCCGCACAGUCACACCUGCAGCAGUAAAACACCACAUUACAAUGCUGCCUGGCUUUGGUUGGUAAGGAAAGGGGACAGACAUAUUUAUAAAUGGGAUCUCAGCAUUCCUGCACUGCUGUGCUCUGCCCUAAAAGUAGUUCCUUGGCACAGUGCACAGGAUUUACUGUACAGUAAUCCACAAGUGCCACAGGCACUGCCCUCUGCUUUAGGGACUGCAGGGGAGGGAGCUGUUUACCCAGAACACUUACUAGAAAUCAGUUGGGUCAAUAAGGAUAUUUCUUAGCAGUUUAAGCCAACAGAUUUACAGCCCUUUGUGCAAUGAACCAGGUUCAGUUUAGCCCUGAUUUAAACAGCUGUGGACACUGGCUAUGUGUUGAUUCCUGCAGGGACCCACAAGCAGGGCUGCCAUGGGCAGCCCCAAACCCCAAACCUCCAUCCAGGCGGGCUGGGGAGCGUCACCGAGGUGCUCCAGGAGUGAUUCCAGCAGUCACAGCACAGCCUCUCUGAUGGACUGAUGGACACUUGUCACUGCAAACACAAACAGGCACAGACAGCUCUAUCCCAGGAAAUUCCUCAUAGGCUGCAACUGGAAGAGAGUAGAUCUACAUUAGGUAUUAGGAAGAACUUAUUUCCUGUGAGGGUGGUGAGGCACUGGCACAGAGAAGCUGUGGCUGCCCCUUCCCUGGAAGUGUCCAAGGCUAGGUUGGACAGGGUUUGGAGCAACCUGGCAUAGUGGAAGGUUCCCUGCCCAUGGCAGGGGAGUGGAACUGGAUGAUCAGUAAGGACUCUUCCAACCCAAACCAUUCUGUGAUUCUCCAGCUCACUCCCAAAAGCAGGGGGUGCUCUCAAAACAGCAGUUCCUCACCUUUUUCUGCAGCCUGCUGUGAUCAGCACUGUGUGGCUGGAAGUCACAGUGCUUUUGGGAGCAUUAUGUUCCCAGGACAGCACCUGGAGCUGCCUUUGGAGCAGAGGAGCUUUGUCCAAGCAGGAAGAGGAGGCUGUCAGCCUGGGGAGCCCAGCACAGACACACAGAGGAAACUCAGAGCGGGUUCUCACAGAGCAGUCACUGCGCCUGUAUCCUCAUCACCCUUCCAAUUCCGAGCCUCUCCAUCGAUCCACUCCAACUGCAGCAAUCAAGUAUUGCCAUUAAUGUUUGGCCCUGACUUCCAACACUCCCUUUUAGAUUUAUAUUGUGCUCUCAGCCUGCUAAAACACCCUGCUUGCGUGAACCUGCUGUUCCAUCCUCUCUGCACUGGAAGCAGAUGAUGGCUCCUGAUGAAUCAGAUUGCCACAAUAACACAUACACAGUUCAUUUUGUGCUCUGCAUUUGUUAGCUGAGUUUUUCUGCCUCAAUCAAACUAUGCAGGAAGCUGCUGCUCUUGCCAGAAAAUUCCAGCUCUUCCUGGUUGGCAUCUUAAAUGUGAAAAAAUGCAAAUAAAUUAAAUACUGAGCCAAAACCUGAGGGAUUUGUCUUGAUGGUUUUGAAGUCCAAAACUUAAUCUAGUCACUACACAGUAAUUGCUCGGCCAGUCUUUUGACAUUUUAAACAGCCUCUUGGGCAUCAUCCUUAGAUCAAAAUGCAAUUACACCCAUCUGUUCGGUAUUACUUUUUGCAACUUUAUGUACAUUCUCUCCUAAAAAGCCAGAAAGCAAAACAAACAAACAAACAAAAAAGCCAGAAAACCCUGUUUUGCAAAGCAUUAACAAAUUGACUGUCAAGUACCAUAGAAAUCUAAGAAAAGUACAAAGAGGUUUUAGUCUUAAUUAACGAGCUCUUAAAAGUAAUUUUGUCCACUAAGCUGGUAUUAUUCACAUAAGACAUAUUUUAAUGGUCUUCCUGUUAUAGAAGUUCCUGUCACAGCUAUUCAUCUC